CGCGGAGGUGCAUGAAACGUCGCAUCUGAGAUACCUCUGAUAGCAACCAAUGCUAGUUUAGCGGUCAUGCGAAGCUCAACACGAAGAUAUCGGUAUCUUAGAACGGUCAGCUAUGUGCACGAAUCAAGGUUUAUGAUCAGUGCUGUGCGGCCGGCAUAUUCCGACUCUGUGGUCUUGAAGGCUGUGCGCAAACGAGCAGCAAACGUCUUCAUAGUGAUACACAUACACUUCAGAAAUGGCACUCUCCGGGAUCUUCACCAUUAUGAAUGCGUCCUCGCCAUACUACGCAAGAAUCGAGGAAGACAGUGAUGGUGCUGGCUUGACGGGUGCCCUCUCGGAACGUAACCGUAUCAUUGACGCAGCGAAAUGGCUAUUAGUCCCUGCAGAACCUGGCAAUACGACAGAUGCCCACCAACGCUAUAAAAUCAAGAAUGUCGCGCACUCCCGAUAUGCAGUGUCGGAUUAUACUCGAUCUCCCGGUGCACCUGUCUUCAGUAGUAACAGAGAAAACUUUCAGUGGUGGAUUAUCAAAAAGGAGGACCCAAUCUCAUGUGGAGAAGAUGUAUACAGUAUUGUGCAUAAUGAUCACCGAGACAUGUCCUGGAGGUUGCCGAACGAUGACAACGGUGCACCGAUCGAGCUUCAUCUUCCAUCGAAAGACCGUCACUCUCUCUGGAAGAUCACACCCUAUCCUCCUCCACCAGAAUCCGGCGCGAAUAGACUGCCAUUCGAAGACAAAUCGAUUCUGACUCUGACUUCAGUGGAACAAAAAUUUGAUGACGAAGAAGACGGUCUCGCCGUAACAUUACGAUGGGAACGGUUGCCUCCCUACUGCCUAGAAUUCCUCGAACCACUUUUGGUGAAACAUCGAAAUGUAGUAAUCGCGAUCUUGCAGGUACAGGCCCCAUUCAGGUCAAGCUCUCAGGAUCUUUCCGCGAUCCUACGUAUGAGGGACAAUACUGCUUUCGAUAUCUUUGCUGCCACGGUGCUUUACAAUAAUGCUGUCGAAGUCACUGUGGAGAUUGGAAGAUUUAAGCUCUAUCCUGAGGACUCCCCCAUCACUGCAGCUCUUCCACAAUAUGAGUACCACUACGUGUGGCGGAAGCCUUUAGUCUUCGAAAGUCUUCAUUCCUUCCGAGAAGGUAUCACCUUGAGAAAUCUCCAGAUCACAGGGAGCGGCCGGGAUACCUUCGGGCAAUUCAUACGCUCGUCGGUAAUUAUCGAUGUGACGAAUGUCUCCUGCCUCAAUCUCAGAGCUUCUAUGACGAUUGGUAUAUACGUCGGUAAUUCCAAGAUCGGUGCCGCCGAAGUUAAGGACUUGAAAUCUGCCCCAGGAAAAAAGGUGGAACACAAACUUCAGUGGAAACUCCGGCCUUUCAAUCCAGUCAAUCACGAUUUUCGAGCCGUCAUAAACCAAUACAUCACCAAGGAAACCCAGGUGCCCAUUUUGCUGAAAGUCGAGAACAUCAGUACAACGAUUUGCGGGCAUUUAAUCAAUCUGCCGCGGUUCGAAAUCAACACGUAUAUCCAAGGAAUAGCAUCGAAGGUUAUACCUCAUGUCGACGUAUAUAUACACCUUGUGCCUGUUCUGCUCCGACGCAGGGUAUCAUUCAGAUUCGAUAUUGAUAAUCCUCUGGAUACGAUGCUGGAGAUUUGCAAAAUUAGACUGGACGUUUCCGUCAGAGGCGCGCAUAUUGCAAAUGUCUCACACGAUUUCAAUGAGAAUGGCCAGUCUUUCAUCAUUAAGGCCAGAGAUAAAGUCCGCAGUCCGAUGGUUCCACAUGCAUGGCUAGAUGCAGGCUACCUGAAAGCGUUGCAGCUAGCUGUCGAUCGCAGAGCCUGUCUGGAUGUCAAGGUGAAGUCUGCCAUUCUGAGGGUUGAUCAGUUCGAACUGAGUGGCUUGGAGUUCACGUUUUAUGAACUACCUUUCAAAAUUCAUUGGUUCUAAUCACUCAUCGGUGAUUUGCGUCUGUAGUCAUCGUGUUCAUAGUUGUAUUAGUAUGUUAAUACCUUUGCCGAACCCAGGGUUGAGGAGGACUACAGGUAAUAAUGGUCCCCGUCGGGUAUCCGUCGGAGGUGUGCAGGGCAUCGAUAUAAUUAGCACGUACUACUCUAUCGCCGAUAAACGAACUGGAUGCGCCGGAAUGCUCCUUGCCGUCUUGUGCAGCGCGUGCUUGACCACGUCGAUCUUGGAUCUUCCGGUCGGGCAGCAGACCAACAUGCUCCGAAGUAAAAGUACCAUGUACAUAUAAGCGAUCUGUGCAUACGUUGACCCAUUUCAGUCGUCUUGGCAUUAGCAAUCCACG